AUGCAGACCAAUGUAAUGCAAUACCAAAUCGACGCCAAAACGCAAGAAAUCAGGCCUUCAUCGGACGAAACCUACGACAACCUCCUCGACCUGGCAGAUGAUCUCCCGGACUCAUCCCCGCGCUUCAUCCUUCUAAGCUAUCCCUUGACGUUGGCCUCAGGCCGCCAAUCCGUGCCCUACGUCCUCUUAUAUUAUCUCCCCGUCAACUGUAACCCAAACAUGCGGAUGAGUUACGCCGGCGCGGUAGAGCUGUUCCGGUCAACCGCCGAGGUCAAUCGCGUGCUGGAAAUCACCGAGGCCGAGGACCUGCAGGGCAUUGAGGAGAAGUUGAAGGGCGAGGAUUGA